UCGAACAAGAAUAUAAAUAAAAUGCGCCAAAGGGGAAGAUUGAAGAAGCCCUCUCAGGUUCUUUUCUUUACUGAUCUGCAACCUCUUUCUUCGUCUCCUUACGAUUCCAUCCUAAAGUUUCCACAUUUCCGACAGAAACUUAGCUCUCGUUUUGGUAAUUACAGCGUCUUCUCUCCGCCACUCAAAGCUUAUCCGAGCUAUAGUUCGUUCGAUCAUCCCUCGUGGUUUUUGUUUUGUUUUCCUUUCUCUGUUUCCCGCGCUAGAUCUAUGGCCGUUUUAGUCGAAAGAUUUGCUCGCAGAGACGGAAGCGAACACUCUGGGUCGGUCGAGCAAGAAGCUUCGGAGAUCAAUGGGUCUCCGGAGAUCCGGUACGAGAUGGUCCCGGUUAGUGGGAUCGAAGCCAUCGUUAAUAGUCUGAGCAAAUGGGUUGUGUCUAUUCUGUUUGCUUCCAUCGUUCUUCUGCGGCAUGAUGGUACCGCCUUGUGGGGAAUCAUUGGAUCCGUUUCGAACGCGGCUCUCUCCGUGGUACUCAAACGUAUACUUAACCAAGCGAGACCUGCUACGACCUCGCGAACUGAUCCCGGGAUGCCAUCUACUCACGCCCAGUCUAUCUCUUUCAUAUCUGUGUUUGCUGUUUUGUCUGUUAUGGAAUGGCUUGGAACCACUAAAGUCUCUAUGUUCCUUAGCUGCCUCAUACUCGUGUCGUGUUCAUAUUUUAUACGGUUAAGGGUUUCUCAGAAGCUUCACACAAGCAGUCAAGUGGUGGUUGGUGCAAUCGUGGGUUCUGUUUUCUGCAUCUUCUGGUACACAACGUGGAACUCGCUUCUCCUUGAAGCCUUCGAGUCAUCUCUAUCACUCCAAAUAUCUGUAUUUCUGGUUGCAGCUGCUCUUGCGCUAGCUUUUGCAACCCAUGUUGUACUUGACUGGCUCAGAAACGAUAAUUGAGCAAAACAAGCUUUGAUUAACAUUGUAAGCAAAAACUCAAAAUUGUACUCUUAAUUUUUUUAAAAAAAUUCCACAUUCGCAUU